ACAGUUUGGGAAGGGCAGCGAUGACUCCGGCCCUGACCAGCCGGGAAGUGAAUAGGAAUUCUGUGCAUUUCAACACUCCUGGCGUAUUUCCUGCUUCAAAAUGAUGCAUUUCCUGCUGCUGUUCAGUCGUCAGGGGAAGUUGCGUCUGCAGAAAUGGUUUCUGCCUCUCCCGGAGAGAGAUAGAAAGAAGAUUGUAAAAGAUAUGACUACUAUGGUGUUGGCACGAAAACCGCGCACAUGCAACUUUAUGCACUGGAAGGACCUGAAGAUCGUCUAUAAGAGGUACGCCAGCCUGUAUUUCUGUUGUGGUUUGGAGAACCAGGAUAAUGAACUUCUGGCUUUGGAGAUUCUGCACCGUUAUGUGGAGCUACUCGACAAAUACUUUGGCAAUGUGUGUGAGCUGGACAUCAUCUUCAACUUUGAGAAGGCUUAUUUCAUCUUGGAUGAGUUUCUGAUGGGUGGAGAGAUCCAGGAGACAUCCAAACAGUCCAUAGCCAAAUCUAUAGAGGCCUCAGAUAUGCUGCAAGAGACUAUGGAGGAAUACAUGAGCAAACCGGCCUUCUGACAGCAGCAGACGUGAUGCAGGGUGACAAAAGGGAAAGAAAAAUGCCUCUGCAGUGUAGGUUGUGUCCUGACUUGAAGGACACCAUCCUCACUGCAAGUUGCAGACUUGAAGGCUGCAGAAGAAUGGGUUUUAUUUAUUGUUUUGUUUGUUUGUUCGGCUCAAUUUUAAUAUAACUGAAUCAGGGUUCAUGUUGUAUUUUUGCAUAGGAGUACUUCAGUCGAUUUAUAGAUGCAAUGCAGAAUUUCAAUGAUGGCUAUGGCAUGCAUUUAUACAUACAACACAUAGAUUUAAUAGAUGAAUUUCAACUUUUAUACCAAAAUCAUUUUGUUUAAUAUUACUAUAUUCACAAUAACCUCAAAGCUAGGUGAAGUGCCUUUUCAUGUUGAACAUAAUGCAUGUCUCAGGAGAUGUUCAGCUCAAGCAAAAAAGAAAACAGCUUUUGAAAGAAUAUUAACGCUGCUUUGUGAGCACAAUUUGUUGAUAUUGUCUUAAUAAAAUUGUCUUUUUGAUAUGA